AUGGGUCCCAAAACAAACACAAGGUCUAUUAAGAGUCUGAGAAGACUUACAAGAAGUAGGACUCAGGUCAUUUUCUUUGAUGGCACCCAGAUUAUGAAAUCGGAUGAGGGAAUGCGACCGCAUCUACCUGGCUGCAAAGAUGAUACAGAGGAAGAAGUUCCAUCUUCAAGAAGCAUUCCAAAGACAUGUAAUAUCUUAAAUGGUGAAGAAAGAAUGUUCUCUUUCAAAGAUCUCCUAGAAACUUUCAACAGUCUGGAAGGAGGAAUGACACAAAAGACAUCGAGGCUUGAAUCUAAUACUGGUCCCAUCGAAUCCUUGAACAGAGAUACUAUGAUGAAAAGAAAAGAAAUGUUUGACCAUCCUUCUAAUGAUGUUUUCAAGCGGAAAGGGAAUAUGGAUUCACUUUCCAAGAAAUAUACGAGAGACUAA